CCCUUUGCGCGCUGUAAACAGUGUAACUGAACAAAACAACCCCUUUCGCACUAGUUAUGCGGUUCUUCGACACAAUUUCACUACCAAGUUGAUUCGAUUUUGCGAUAAUUUACCCCCAGAAACAGUCUGUGAUAUGGUAGCGAUGAAUGGCCAACCGCAACUGAUACCAGGUGUGGUGCGUAAAGCGGCUGUUUCUCUGCAGCCGAAACCCUCGCCCUGCAAUGUAAAGGCCAUCCCAAAGCCGUAUCCACAGAAUGGUAUCAUUCCCGGUUCGAUAAGACCGGUUGCGUCGAACGUUUGUUAUGGGAAGGCCCCUGUCGCUAUUGUACCUGCUCCCAGCACACCUUGCACAACGACCGGUGCCGAUCAGCUAACCAGUCGAGCGGUUGAAGAGAUCCUGCGCGAGACGCGGCUAGGGAAAAUGCGCGCCGAAGAACGUGGCUCAACCGCCUGGCGCCCGUGUCCGUUGCGGAAAACAAACAAACGCUUCCUAAACCGGACGCUGGAAUCGAUGGUGAAGCACAACGCGCGCGUAAAACAGAAUACAACCCAUCGGUCACUGCUCAAACUGACCGAGCUGGUACGGAAAGGGAACGAGGAUACACGGGAACGCUCCAGUAAACAGACGAAAGAAAAGAAACGCGAUCGAAGCAAGAGGAAUGAUAAAUCUCACGCGACAGUAAUCGAUCUCGCUACAGAUAGUGACUGAUAGAGCAGUAGAAGUAUAGAUUAUGGGUUAUAAUUUGUCUAGGAGGGUCUAAUUGAAGUUGAAACACUUCAGUUUCUAUCCAACCACAUAUGGUACUGAGGCAAGGAUUGUUUUUUUAUUACGGAAUUUUCCACUAAGGAUUUCACAGCUCAAUUGAACGAAUUGAAGCUUGAAAGUCGUCUUUAAAAAAACUGUAAGACAAUCGAGGAUAGAUUAAUAGAGGAUAAACACGGCAUAGUUUAGGUUUGCGAUUGACUUUCAUUAUCGAAAGAUCACUAAUUAAGGCGCCUCUAAAACUUCGAAAGUAAAUUUCGGACUGGAGGAUGUAAAGGAAAUCUAUGCUAAAAGCAGUGAAGCAUUGCUUGCUCGAAGUUUUAUCAUUUUCAUUCAUUAAAUUUACUUACUCUUUAUUAUCGCCAAAUGAAGAUGCUGCAAAAAAGAUUUAAA